AUGGCGCCUACUCCACUGCCGAAGCAAAAAGGAAAGUUGACGCUGGCUCAACUUGCCGCCUACGAUGAUAUCAUCACGGACUCGAUGGUCGAUCGCGCUUUUUUUUGGACUAAAAUCCGCAAAAACAGGCCCAAAUAUUUCCCCAUCCGAGGCGUUAUAGAGGAUGAGGUUACGUCGAUAUUGCUGCAGGAUGUUAUUGUUGCCAAAGACGUGUCAAAAGCGGAAAAAUCCCUUCUCAAUCUCACAGGCAUAAGGAAGUAUGUUGGCAAACUUGGAUCUGAAAAGGAAAAGGAAUGGUUUCGCCGUCAUCUACGAAAAUACAUUUCCAUUUAUCUUCCCGACUGCCCUUUUGAAGUUAGCACAACGAAUCGCUAUACGAUUACGACAUAUGAAGCGGCAUUGUCGGCUAGAAAGCUCAUCAGGGCUGGCGAUACUAUAAGGCAUCUUUCGGGGACGCUUGUCGCUCUUACACCCGAAGAGGAAACGACGCUAGACUUGACGAGAAGAGAUUUCAGCAUCGUAAUGUCAAGUCGCAAAAAAACCCCAUCCUUAUUCCUAGGCCCAGCAAGGUUUUCAAACCAUGACUGCAAUCCUAACGCAAGGCUUGUUACGAAAGGCUCUGAAAGCAUGGAAAUUGUGGCUAUUCGGGAUAUUGAGGUGAAUGAGGAAAUCACCGUAUCUUAUGGUGAUAAUUACUUUGGCGUAGACAAUUGUGAAUGCCUUUGCAACACUUGCGAGCUUGCGUUACGAAAUGGGUGGUCUCCCGAUAAUGCAUCUGAAAAUAAUAGUCGUGCCUCUUCACCUGAGGAAAUAACUGGCAACAUCCAGUCAGGAGUCUCCCCAACUCCUGCCUCUUCAGAAUACAUGCGCGAACCGUCGCUCGACCCAAUUUUCUCAACGCCUGUGGAUAAUAUCACAUCCUCAAGCCUGCGGCACCAAACAUCGCCUCCCAGCAGCCCCGACCCUAUCUCCGAGCCUCUGAUCACAGUAAAUGGACGACGGCUCUCUGGCUUUCUAAUCCCUCCAGAAUUCAAGGAGCUUUCUUCGCAAUGUACUGUUGGGUCUAGCUUGCAUCAUUUCCAAUACUCAAGUUCGAACAUUGCUUCUAGUAUUUCGUCUCCUAGCGAUCAAAACCUAUGUCUUGCCUUUGGAGACGAUCAGACUCCUGCUCCUACAAGAUCUACUACGGUAACAUCUAUUUCUGAAUCAAAUUUUAAUUCAAAGAAGGGAGAACUGAAACUGGAGCCUACAUCUGAGAAAUGUCUUGAAAAACGCGAGAUCGAGACUCCAGCUGUGCAAGACGGCCGUAAUACUCGCGAGAAUGAAGAGUCAGAGCUCUCUGACUUGUCUGCUUCUUGGGAAAUUGAUGAUAAGAAAAUGACCGUUGUGAAACGUGAUUCGAUUAAGAAGACUAGAAAGCGCAAAAGCCACCUCAUUCCUACUAUCGAGCAUGACGGUCCGAAACUUAGAACUCCUGGGGAUUACACAAAAACAUCAAAGCUGCUUGCGCAGCGGUAUGACCGCUGGGUAGACUGCCAGACCUGUAAUGCCUGGUUUGUUCAGGGAGACUCAUAUCUCACACGAAAAGAAUGCCCCCGAUGCGAACGUCACUCCAAGCUGUACGGGUAUCGCUGGCCUAAAACUGAUAAAGAAGGUCGGAAUGAUUCCGAAGAGCGCGUGAUGGACCAUCGCACGAUACAUCGUUUUCUAGCAACCGAAGAUGAAUCCCGAAUUCAACGUCGUGGCCGAGGCAUUAGCCAUGCAACCACCACCUCAACUCGGGAUAUUUCCGAGAACAGAACAGAAGCGGAUCCAAGUGAAUUUGGAGAUGAACGUCGUGUCACGAGAGCCGCGAAGCGAGCAAGAAGCUCGCUACACUUGAAUGUGUAG